UCCCACUCUACAACCUCGGCCCUCCCAAUGCCACUACGAUCGUAGGAGGUGCCAAGCCCGGCCUCACUCCACGGCCUACCAAUGUCUCCUCCUCCUCCUCGGUUAGGCCUCGCCGCCGUCGCGACGUCGUGGCUGCUCCUCGCGGCGCUGUGCCUCCCGCCGGGCGCCUACGCCGUGAACGAGCAGGGCGAGGCGCUGCUGCGAUGGAAGCGCUCGCUCACGAACGGCACGGGCGGGGCCGCGCUGGAGACGUGGAGGGACUCGGACGCGAGCCCGUGCCGGUGGUCCGGCGUGGCCUGCGACGCGCGCGGCAACGUCGUCUCGCUGCUCAUCAAGUCGGUCGACCUCGGCGGGCCGGUGCCGGCGCGCGUGCUGCGCCCGCUCGCGCCGUCGCUCGAGACGCUGGUGCUCUCCGGUGCCAACCUCACGGGCGUCAUCCCCGGGGAGCUCGGGGCGUACGCCGCGCUGACCACCGUCGACCUCAGCGGGAACGGCCUCUCCGGCGCGGUGCCGGCCGAGCUCUGCCGGCUCGGCAAGCUCCGGUCGCUCGCGCUCCACGGCAACUCGCUGCAGGGCGCCAUCCCCGACGACAUUGGCAACCUCACCGCCCUGACGUCGCUCACGCUCUACGACAAUGAUCUUAGUGGCGCCAUCCCGGCGAGCAUCGGGAAGUUGAAGAAGCUGCUGGUGCUGCGCGCCGGCGGCAACCCGGCGUUGAAGGGCCCGCUGCCGGCGGAGAUCGGCGGGUGCACCGACCUCACCAUGCUCGGCCUCGCCGAGACCGGCAUGUCUGGAAACCUCCCGGACACCAUCGGGCAGCUCAAGAAGCUCCAGACCCUCGCCAUCUACACCGCCAUGCUCGCCGGCCCGAUCCCGGCGAGCAUCGGCAACUGCACCGAGCUCACUAGCCUCUAUCUCUACCAGAAUUCCCUCUCCGGUCCGGUGCCGCCGCAGCUCGGCCAGCUGCGCAAGCUGCAGACGGUGCUCCUGUGGCAGAACCAGCUCGUCGGCACCAUACCCCCGGUGAUCGGCAACUGCAAGGAGCUCCUGCUCAUUGACCUCUCGCUCAACAUGCUCACGGGCCCCAUCCCGAGGAGCUUCGGCGGGCUGUCCAAGCUGCAGCAGCUGCAGCUCAGCACCAACAAGCUCACCGGCGUCAUCCCGCCGGAGCUCUCCAACUGCACGUCGCUCACCGACGUCGAGGUGGACAACAACGAGCUGUCGGGAGCGAUCGACGUCGACUUCCCGAGGCUGCGCAACCUCACGCUGUUCUACGCGUGGCAGAACCGGCUCACCGGCGGCGUGCCGGCGAGCCUGGCCCAGUGCGAGGGCUUGCAGUCGCUGGACCUCUCCUACAACAACCUCACCGGCCCCGUCCCGAGGGAGCUCUUCGCGCUCCAGAAUUUGACCAAGCUGCUGCUCCUCAGCAACGAGCUCUCCGGCUUCAUACCGCCGGAGAUCGGCAACUGCACCAAUCUCUACCGCCUCCGGCUCAACGGCAACCGGCUGUCGGGAGCCAUACCCGCGGAGAUCGGCAACCUAAAGAACCUCAAUUUCCUCGACCUGGGAAGCAACCGCCUCGUCGGCCCACUGCCGGCGGCCAUGUCGGGGUGCGACAACCUCGAGUUCGUCGACCUGCACUCCAAUUCCCUCUCCGGCCCACUGCCGGACGAGCUGCCGCGCAGUCUCCAGUUCGUCGACAUCUCCGACAACCGGCUCACCGGGCUGUUGGGGCCCGGCAUCGGCAGGCUGCCUGAGCUGACGAAGCUUAGCCUCGGGAAGAACCGGAUCUCCGGCGGCAUCCCGCCGGAGCUCGGUUCUUGCGAGAAGCUGCAGCUGUUGGACCUCGGCGACAACGCUCUCUCCGGCGGAAUCCCGCCGGAGCUCAGCAUGCUGCCUUUCUUGGAGAUUUCGCUUAACCUCAGCUGCAACCGCCUCUCCGGGGAGAUACCGUCGCAAUUCGGCACCCUCGACAAGCUCGGCUGCCUUGACCUGUCUUACAACCAGCUCUCCGGCAGUCUUGCGCCUCUAGCAAGGCUGGAGAACCUCGUCACGCUGAAUAUCUCGUACAACAGCUUCUCCGGCGAGCUCCCGGACACGCCCUUCUUUCAGAAGAUCCCGCUCAGCAACAUCGCCGGCAAUCACCUGCUCGUCGUCGGCGCUGGCGCCGACGAGACCUCCCGUCGCGCGGCCAUCUCGGCGUUGAAGCUCGCCAUGACGAUUCUCGUGGCGGUGAGCGCGUUCCUCCUCGUGACCGCCACGUACGUCCUCGCCCGCUCCCGCCGCCGGAACGGCGGUGCCAUGCACGGCAACGCCGCGGAGGCGUGGGAGGUGACCCUGUACCAGAAGCUCGAGUUCUCGGUGGACGACGUGGUGCGCGGCCUUUCGUCGGCGAACGUGAUCGGCACGGGGAGCUCGGGCGUGGUGUACCGGGUGGAGCUGCCCAACGGCGAGCCGCUGGCCGUGAAGAAGAUGUGGUCCUCCGACGAGGCCGGCGCGUUCCGCAACGAGAUCUCGGCGCUGGGGUCCAUCCGGCACCGCAACAUCGUGAGGCUGCUCGGGUGGGGCGCGAACCGGAGCACCAAGCUGCUCUUCUACACCUACCUCCCGAACGGCAGCCUGAGCGGCUUCCUCCACCGCGGCAGCGUCAAGGGCGCCGCCGACUGGGCCCCCCGGUACGAGGUGGCGCUCGGCGUCGCGCACGCCGUGGCUUACCUCCACCACGACUGCCUGCCGGCCAUCCUGCACGGUGACAUCAAGGCCAUGAACGUCCUGCUCGGCCCGGCCAACGAGCCGUACCUCGCCGACUUCGGCCUGGCCCGCGUCCUCUCCGGCGUGGUCGAGCCCGGCAGCUCCGCCAAGCUGGACACGUCCAGGCCGCGCAUCGCCGGAUCAUACGGCUACAUCGCGCCAGAGUACGCGUCCAUGCAGAGGAUCACGGAGAAGAGCGACGUGUACAGCUUCGGGGUGGUGGUGCUGGAGAUCCUGACGGGGCGGCACCCGCUGGACCCGACGCUGCCCGGCGGGACGCACCUGGUGCAGUGGGUGCGGGAGCACAUGCAGGCGAAGCGGGGGGUGGCGGAGCUCCUCGACCCGCGGCUGCGCGGGAAGCAGGAGGCGCAGGUGCAGGAGAUGCUGCAGGUCUUCGCAGUGGCCAUGCUCUGCAUCAGCCACCGCGCCGCCGACCGGCCGGCGAUGAAGGACGUCGUCGCGCUGCUCAAGGAGGUCAGGCGGCCGCCCGAGAGCGCCGCCGACGAGGGCAAGGAGCAGCCGCGCGGUGCCCCGGCGCCUUGUCCGGCUGGCCAGCAGCGGUCGCCGGCCCGGAGCGCGCUGCCGAUGGGCGGCUCUUCAAACUGCUCGUUUGCCAUGUCUGAUUACUCCAGCUGAGCUGCUUGAUGCCGUUGCGAGAUAGCAGCAGCCUUAGCGGGAAGGAAACUUUGUGUAGAAAUUUUGGACACAUAUCAAGCAAGAUCAGUAAAUUUGUAGGUAAUUAUUUCCUGAAAAUUACUUUAAGGUUGUAUAUUAUGAUUAUUCAGAUGUAUUGUUCUUGUGUAAACUAACGGAAAUAAAUUAACAGACAUGGGUGAGCAGUUGAGUUA